GCAGCCAGCCACCCUCCAUUGUCAGCCCUGGGGUGCCAGCCCUGCAUGGGGACACGGGGACAGGCCCAGGCCUGGCUUUAGGGGCUGUCCCCUGGGCCGGCUGGAGGAGGGGGUGACACCUGGGGGCUCAGGUGGGCAGCAGGGCGCUGAGCCCCCGGCAGCGGGGGGAGAUGAGCUCGCAGGAUGAGCAGUUCCCGGCAGCAGCAGCAGCAGCAGCCCCCGAGGCAGCAGACGCCGAUGAGGGCAUGACCUGGUGGUACAGGUGGCUCUGCAGGAUUGCCGGGGUCAUCGGGGGCAUGUCCUGUGCCUUUGCUGGUCUCUGGAACUGUGUCACCAUCAACCCCCUGAACAUCGCAGCCGGCGUGUGGAUGAUGCUCAACGCCUUCGUGCUGUUCCUGUGCGAGGCCCCUUUCUGCUGCCAGUUCAUCGAGUUCGCCAACGCCGUGGCCGCCAGGGCCGACAGGCUGCGGGCCUGGCAGAAAGCAGCUUUCUACUGCGGGAUGGCCGUGUUCCCCGUCAUGCUCAGCCUGACGCUGACCACGCUCCUGGGCAACGCCAUCGCCUUCGCCACUGGCGUGCUCUACGGCCUGUCGGCCCUUGGAAAGAAGGGAGAUGCCAUCUCCUACGCCCGGAUCCACCAGCAGCAGAAGCAGAUGGAUGAAGAGAAGCUCACGGGGAGCCUGGAGGGACAGGCUCUCUGAAGGACACGAGCUCAGGGUAGCAUCUCCUGGACGCUGAGAUGGUGAAGAUGUGGAAAUCCACUCUGCCCUUCCCUCUGUCCUCUCCACUCCCUGCUACACCACAAUUUCCCUGGACACUGCAGCAACUGGAAAUCUCAGGGGCUGGGGCAGGCUGUGUCCUCUCCUCACUCCAGCAGCCAGACCUCAGCACGUUGCUCCUUCUCUCCUCAACCCUCAACCCAAACUGUGCCCCUAUUU